ACAUAAACACCCUCGUAUACGACCCGGAAAGCAUCGAAAAAAUAGAUUGGAAAUCUAAAGGAAACUGAAAGUUUUGUUUUUCGUGUUCGUUGUUUGGCACGUUACUGCAUUUGCAGAUUGUUUUCUACCCUGCACUAGAAGCACCCGAUGUAAGUCCGGAUCUCUUAGCCCCAAAAUGUUUGACACCACAUUGGGCACUUUAUUGGGCCUGAUGGCACAAUUGAUUUGCCUGAUAAUUGGCCAGAUCCUAGGACAAAUAGUCCAACAUCCAUUGAUUGCGACUGGACUUUGCUUGCUGGCAGGAUUCGUAUACCACGCGGAUCAAGAAACGCUCAAAGAAGCCUAUCAACGCGUAAUUGUUUGCAUGUGGCUGCCACAGCGAUUUGGAAGUAUCUUUAGCUCAAGUGAUCCUACUUCAGGGUAUGGUUACGAUAUGGACCAUGGUCCACACACCUGGUUACCAAAACCAGAUUCAUCUACUCAUUCUCUGGAGGAAGAAACAAGCUUCCAAAGUCCAAUCAACAUCGAUGAGAACCAAAUUCAACGCUUGGCCAUCAGGGAGCUCCUGAGUUGGAACCACUAUGAUGAUCUGCCCGCCAGCAUCCAGCUGGAGAAUACUGGCCAUACGCUGAUUCUACGUGCUCAGUUCCAUGGUAAUGCACCAACCAUCAGUGGGGCAGAUUUGCUGGCUUGCUAUACGUUUUUGGAGCUGCGCUUCCAUUGGGGAUGGUGCAACAGCGAGGGAUCAGAGCACACUAUAAACCACCGAAAGUUUCCCCUAGAGAUGCAGGUGAUGCACCGAGCUGGAUCGGGAAUACCCAGGUCGUGCACUAGUAGCUAUGAUCUCCUGAUGAUUGGGUAUGUUUUUGAGCUAUCCGCCCACAAUCCAUUCCUGGAUCCACUGGUGCAGAACUUACGAUUGGUCCAGCAGCCGGGAAAACGGGUGCAAGUCCCACCUUUUCCUUUAUCGUACUUGAUGUAUCCAUUUCGCACUGGAUUCUACUCCUAUGGCGGUUCCCUGACCCACCCUCCAUGCUACCAGGGCACCGAGUGGUUCAUCUUCCCUGAAUCUGUGGCCAUCAGUGAUUUCCAACUGCGUCACUUCCGUUUGCUUCUCGGACCGGACAAGAUUUCGCCAAUAGCCCGUAACUGCCGACCAGUCCAGCAUAUGGGUAACAGAGUGGUGAGCCUGAACUGCUUUUGUCCAUAUGAUGCCGCCCAGUUAGCUAGAAUGCAUGUGGAGCUGUGCCAGCAGCAGGCUCAAGAGGAUCAGGAGGAGGAACGCCUAGAGCGCGAGCAGCAACUGGAAGUGCAGCGUGAAUUGGAGCGGCAACGGGAACGAGAACUUGAAAGGCAGCGGGAGCAAGAACAUGAAGCGGAAAUCCUUGCUGCCGAGGAUGAGUUGGUAGAGACCAUCGAUACCACGACCAUAAUUACUAGUAGCAGCAACACCAGCAUUUGCAUGACCACGCUGAUGCGCAAGGAUUCGCCCCGAGAACAGGAGCAGCCACCUCAAAAGCCCGUGAUUAUUCCCACAUCUGGUCUCAAUCCCAGUCAGAGUUCUCAUCGCAAUCCAGGUAUUGUGAUUUUUAACAGUGGCAACGAUUCGAAUUCCAAGUGUAGCAUCCAGCUGGAUACUCCGGAUGAGCUAAUGAUGAGUGGAGUAGGAAUGGGAUUGGGCAUUGGUAGCCAAAAUGGCUGCAAGGCUGAUGCCAUUUGCGGCGUGGGCGAUGGCGUCAACAUCGGGUUACGCCUCGAGAUGGUUGAAUAGAACAUUAUCAACUAUUCUGUCAUCCAUAGACACUCCGUUUAUCGUCCAAGGGGCACGAAGAACUUGUAAGAUGAGAUGGAAAUCAUGAAACACCGGUCAAGGCCAACUGGGGGCCAACUGCUCAUCUUUGUGUGCCGGAUAACCAAUUGAAUCGCGUGCGCGUGGAUUAAACAAGUUGCGUUUAUAUUUUCUGAA